CAGGACUGAUGGAGCCGGUGGAGCAAGAUUAGUGGAGCAGAAGGAAUCAGACUGUAUAUUUCGUACCUUUUCGAGCAAUGGCAACCUCUCUGAAAGACAAAGAAGCUUACCAAAGAUUGAACUUUCUAUACCAGGCAGCUCACUGUGUUUUAUCUCAAAACCCGAACAACACAGAGCUAGCACGUUUCUACUGCUUCACCCAGAAGACCAUAGCAAGAAGAUUAGUUCUCAGACAAGACCCCUCAGUGAAGAGAACAUUAUGCAAGAAAUGCUGCUCACUGCUCAUACCUGGGGUAACUGCCACUACAAGACAACGAAGAAAGAACAGCAAAACUCGCUUCACUGUGGUAAGAUGUCUCAGCUGUGGGCAGAGGAAGACUUUACUCAAUAAUCCAGAGUAUCGUUUAUGGGUGGAUCGUCCUGAGGCUCAGCUGGAGCAACAAAAUCAACCAGGUCCUGGUCCUUCUUCUAAAGACAAGCUGAAGGGAAAAGACUCUCCUGGAUCUGGUUCAUCUAAACCCAGUGAUGCUGCAAGUACAGCUGGGACACAGCAGCAGAUUUCCUCUGCUGAUGGUCAAAUACACUAAUACACUGAUGAUUUCCCUUUUUGUAUAACAUUUGUGAAAUCCCCCCCCCCCCCCCCAAAUUUAUUUAAGAGCUGAACGAGCUAAAAUGCCAAUCCUUUUUUUAAAUAUAUAGAGUACUGUGCAGAGGUCUUAGGCUACCCUUAGCUGUGCUGUUUUUGCACUGUUGUAAUGAAAAUAAUACCUAUUUCCCAGUCUCUUUAUAAAAAAAAAAAAAAAUAGAGAAAUAUUGUGCACAGCAUUUAAAAACUCAUUAAAAAAUACAAA